GACAGGCAGCGGCCGGGGGCUCCAUCCCACGCAGAGGACGGGGGCCCCGCAGCCCAUCACCCCGGUCCCAGCUGGCUGAAGCCUCCAGGGACCAGAGCAGGUGUGGGCCAGGAGACCUCUCCUGCCCCCCAGGCACCCCUCGGUCCCUCAGUCCAGAGUGACCAACCUGCCGGGGACGCUGUCAGGAUGGACCCCUUCGCGGACACGCUGAGGCGGCUGCGGGAGGCCUUCAGCGCAGGGCGGACGCGGCCGGCCGAGUUCCGGGCGGCGCAGCUCAGGGGCCUGGGCCGCUUCCUGCAGGAACACAAGCAGCUUCUGCAGGAGGCGCUGGCGCAGGACCUGCACAAGCAGGAACAUAGCCAGCCUGCACCCGCCUCAGGGCCUUUGCACAUGCUGUGCCCUUUGCCUGGAAGAUUCUGCCUCCAGUCAGCCUUCGAGUCGGAAGUGUCUGAGAUCAGCAUCACCCAGAGUGAGAUCAACUUGGCCCUCAGGAAUCUGAGGGCCUGGAUGAAGGAUGAGAAAGUGCCCAAGAAUCUGGCCACGCAGCUGGACUCGGCCUUCAUCCGGAAGGAGCCCUUCGGCCUGGUGCUUGUCAUCGCCCCCUGGAACUACCCUGUGAACCUGACCCUCGUGCCCCUGGUGGGCGCCCUUGCCGCAGGGAACUGCGUGGUGCUGAAGCCAUCGGAGUUCAGCAGGAGCACCGAGAAGGUCCUGGCUGAGGUGCUGCCCCGAUACGUGGACCAGAGCUGCUUUGCCGUGGUGCCGGGCGGGCCCCAGGAGACGGGGCAGCUGCUGGAGCACAAGUUCGACUACAUCUUCUUCACGGGGAGCCCUCGGGUGGGCAGGAUCGUCAUGUCUGCCGCCGCCAAGCACCUGACGCCCGUCACGCUGGAGCUGGGGGGCAAGAACCCCUGCUACGUGGACGACGACUGUGACCCCCAGACCGUGGCCAACCGCCUGGCCUGGUUCCGCUACUUCAACACCGGUCAGACCUGCGUGGCCCCCGACUACGUCCUGUGCAGCCCUGACACGCAGGAGCGGCUGCUGCCCGCCCUGCAGAGCGCCAUCACCCGCUUCUACGGCGAGGACCCCCGGAGCUCCCCGAACCUGGGCCGCAUCAUCAGCGACAAGCACUUCCAGCGGCUCCGAGGCCUGCUGGGCUGUGGCCGCGUGGCCAUUGGCGGCCAGAGCGACGAGAGCGAGCGCUACAUCGCCCCCACGGUGCUGGUGGACGUGGAGGAGACGGAACCCGUGAUGCAGGAGGAGAUCUUCGGACCCAUCCUGCCCAUCGUGAACGUGAGGAGCCUGGACGAGGCCAUCGACUUCAUCAACCGUCGGGAGAAGCCCCUGGCCCUGUACGCCUUCUCCAACAACAAACAGGUGGUCAAGCGAGUGCUGGCCCAGACCAGCAGUGGGAGCUUCUGCGGGAACGAUGGCUUCAUGCACUUGACCCUCGACAGCCUGCCUUUUGGAGGAGUGGCACGGCUCGGAAUCUGCCUACGAGCUCACGCGGGGCAACCUCGUGUGUCCCCUUCAUUCCACGGUGCCAGUGGGAUGGGCAGCUACCACGGCAAGUUCUCCUUUGACACCUUCUCCCACCACCGCGCCUGCCUGCUGCGCUGCCCCGGGAUGGAGAAGAUCUACUCCAUCCGCUACCCGCCCUACUCACCUCGCAAGCUGAGGGUGCUGCUGAUGGCCAUGGAGGCCCGUGGCUGCAGCUGUACCUUGCUCUGAGCCCGCCUCAGGCACUGGGGUGUCCCUCCAACUUUCAUCUGAGUCCUGCAGCUCCUGGAGAUGUGGCCUGGGCUCCACACACAAGGAGGAAAAGACCACAGCCCGGACCGGCCUUGCCCUCCUCCCUCCCGGGGCCUUCUCCUCCAGCCCUCAGCCUCCUCCCUUGGCUGCCCCCCAGCUAGGACGGGCCAUGGUGAGGGAGCAUGGGAAACAAGGCAGUAACCUGCCCUCUCCUACCUCCGAUGUAGCCACCCGUGUCCUGGGAGAGGCCGGCAGACAGGGAUGCCUCUGAGUCACCCCCCUUCCUGUGAAGGGUGCAGAAGGGGCCCCGGAGUCUGGUCCAGGCCACACCGCAGACCUGCAGCGGCCCAGGCCCUGGGCAAAAAACCUUUGCCCUCCCUCCCUGAGUUUGUUUUUCUAUCUGCACAGUGGAGGUGAUGUCUUGGCACCUUUGGAGAUCGUCAUGAGGAUUCGAUUUUGCAGUUUAAUAAAUGAAUUGUUGACCCCAA